CCCACAUCUCGUUCAGUCCACCACAGGACGGGCAACAGCAUGGGUGUGGAGCCGAACGGAGUUCCCAACUACUGCAGACGACCUCCUCAGAGACCCUUCCUCCAGAGGAUACAGUAUGCCAUUUGGGAUCCGGAGGAGAGAAAGUUCCUGGGCAGGACGCCGAAGCGGUGGGGUGUAAUAGGCCUCAUCUACCUCGUGAUGUACAUCUGCAUUGUGAUCUUUUUCUCCAUCUGUAUGUGCGGCCUGCUGGCUUCCGUGGAUGAACAUGUACCGUACUUCACACUGGCUGAGUCUAUUAUUGGAAACAACCCAGGUAUGGGCCAUCGACCAAUAAUCUUCGAAGAGGGCGCUCUCAUUUGGUACAAGUUGGACAAUAAGACAACUUACAAAAAGUAUACAGAUAAUAUAGAGGAGUUCUUGGCACCGUACAAGAACAAAUCUCUUCUCGUCAAUCAAGGACUGAACCAACGGGACUGCCAAGACAAGAAGCCGCCUCCCGGCGAUGUCUGUUCUUUCAACGUAUCACAGUUUGGUCCUUGUUCUUCUGAAAACGACUAUGGAUAUGGGGAGGGAAAGCCCUGUCUUAUAAUAAAGCUUAAUAAGAUCUACGACUGGAACCCAGUAUUCUACGACGACCCCGGCGACCUGCCCCCCGACAUGCCGCCUGACAUUGUGAACUAUAUCAACAAAACAACUACACCACAAGAGCGCCGCAAAGUAUGGUUGUCCUGUAUGGGCGAACGGCCAGCGGACGUGGAAGCCCUAGGCCCCUUGCAGUACUGGCCCCAUCCAGGGCUCUCUGAGGUCUACUUCCCUUAUAACAACACUCCAGGGUAUCUGAGCCCUUUGGUCGCGGUGCAGUUGAUGAAUCCUUUACGUAACGUAAUAAUAAACAUCCGCUGUCGAGCGUGGGCGAAGAACAUAGAAUACACCCCGAGCCUGAAGGAGCGACUCGGUUCAACUCAUCUCGAGAUUAUGAUAGAUUGAGCACAUACAGUGACAUAUCCACGAAAACGCAUUUAAUUACUAGAUAUUAGCAUAUAUUGUAGGUUUUAAUGUUGCUGAACGUGUUAGGUGUUA